CGUCUCCAAUCUCCAUCGCCUCCUCCGCACCAUAAGAUCUCUCCCCAAGUCCGCCACGAAACAGGAACCGACAAGAAAUACAUUCACGAGCCGCCGUCACUGACUCGGCCGACGACGAAGACGACGAGGAAGACGAAGGAGGAGAAGGAGAGCGAAAGUUGAGCAGCAGCAGUAGAAAGCAGAUUUGAACGGUAGCUGGACCUUGCAGUUCCAGCAGAAGCAGGAGGAGGAGGAGGAGGAGGAGGAGGAGGGAGAUAUGGGGAGGUGCGUGACCGACACGGCGCGGGCCCUGGCUUGCCGGAACACCGUGGCGGCGACCCAUCUCAAGCUCAUAUCCCUGCUCGUCAUCUUCGUCACCAGCGUCGUCGGCAUCUCCUCCCCGGUCCUCCUGGCCCGCUACUUCCAGGGCAAGCCCGCCUACGACAAGGCCGUCCUCGUCAUCAAGUGCUUCGCCGCCGGCGUCAUCCUCUCCACCUCCCUCGUCCACGUCCUCCCCGACGCCUACGACGCCCUCUCCGACUGCGCCGUCGCCUCCCGCCACCCCUGGAGGGACUUCCCCUUCGCCGGCCUCGUCACCCUCUGCGGCGCCCUCCUCGCCCUCCUCGUCGACAUCACCGCCAGCUCCCACGUGGAGCAGGGCCACCACCACCAGGCCCCCUACAAGCCCAUCGGGACCCACGAGGAGAAGAAGCUGGCCGAGCUUGGGGUCGCCGAAUCGGGCGACGUCGGGGCCAGCUGCGGCGUCGAUCAGGCCGAGGAAUUGUUGAAGCUGAAGCAGAGGUUGGUGUCGCAGGUGCUGGAGAUCGGGAUAAUAUUCCACUCGGUGAUAAUUGGGGUCACCAUGGGCAUGUCUCAGAACCAAUGCACGAUUAAGCCUCUCGUCGCCGCCUUGGCGUUUCACCAGAUUUUCGAAGGCAUGGGUCUCGGCGGUUGCAUUGCUCAGGCGGGUUUCAACUUGGGGACAACAGCCUACAUGUGCUUCAUGUUCUCAGUGACGACUCCAGUGGGGAUAAUACUGGGGAUGAUCGUGUUCUCGGUGACGGGUUACGACGACAGUAGUGCUAACGCUUUGAUCAUGGAGGGCCUAUUGGGAUCUCUGUCGUCCGGCAUACUCAUAUACAUGGCACUCGUAGAUCUCAUAUCGGCGGAUUUUUUCCAUAACAAGUUGAUGGAGUCAUCUGGGCUGUGGUUGAAGAAGGCAUCAUUUGUUGCUCUUACUCUUGGUUCUGCAUCUAUGUCCGUCCUCGCCCUGUGGGCUUAAAUAGAUUUUGUAGAUAAAUCAGGCAAUGAACGAUGCCAUCAUGUAAAACCCAAGUUGUCGAAUAGAACAUGGAUGAAGCAUAUGGAAAGGAAAAGAUGUGUUAUUGAUCUCUGGGGUUGAAUCUUAAUUACGAAGUCAUGCACGAGUCAUAGCUUUA